AUGGAGCUUGAUUUGAUCCUGACCAAUGGGACCAUUGUCACCGCUGCCGAGGUCCUGGACCCCAAGAUCGAAAUAGGGGUCAAGGAUGGCAAGAUCGUCUGCAUGGGCCAUUGCUUGCCACGUCGGCCACAAACACGGGUGCUGGACGCGGAAGGCGCCUAUGUCACGCCUGGAGGAGUCGACUCUCAUGUUCACCUUGCCCAACCCGAGAGUCCCGACGGCGACAACUGGGAGACCGGGACAAGAGGCGCAGUGGCCGGAGGAACCACCACAGUCCUAGCCUUCGCCUCGCAAAGCCGCAAGGAUGAGUCCCUGUUCCCGGCUCUGGAGGACUACCACGGCAAGUCCCGCGACCAGAGCCACUGCGACUACGGCUUCCACUUCAUCCUGACCAACCCGACGCCGCACAUCGUCAACAACGAGUUGCGCGUCCUGGUCGAGAGGGAGGGCAUCACCAGUGUCAAACUGUACAUGACGUACGAGCCCCUCAAGCUGGGCGACCGCGCAAUCCUGGACAUCAUGAUGGCCGCCCGGCAGCUGGGCAUCACCACCAUGAUCCAUGCCGAGAACAGCGACAUGAUCGCCCUCAUUACCGAACGCCUCGAAGAGCGCGGGCUCACCGACCCGUUUUACCACGCUGUGUCGCGCCCGCAGCUCGCCGAGGCCGAGGCCACGUACCGAGCCAUCUCGCUAGCCGAACUGCUAGACGUGCCCGUGCUGAUCGUGCACGUCUCCUCGGAGCUCGCCAUGGACCACAUCCGCGCCGCCCAGACGCGCAUGCUGCCCGUGCACGGCGAGACCUGCCCGCACUACCUGCUGCUGCUGUCCGAGCGCAUGCAGGCCCCUCACUCCCACGGCGCCGGCGCCGUCUGCUCGCCGCCGCUGCGCCACGAGCCGCGAGACGUCGCGGCCAUCUGGCGCGGCGUCGCCAACGGCACCUUCACCACGCUGUCGUCGGACCACGCCCCGACAAAGUUCGACAGCCCCUACGGCAAGACGCGCGGCUUGAAGGACGGCCUGCCCGUCUUCAGGGACAUCCCAAACGGACUGCCGGGGAUCGAGACGCGCAUGCCGCUAAUGUUCAGCCAUGCUACGGGCUCGAAGCCAAAGAUCUCGCUGCCGCGGUUCGUGCAGGUCACGGCCACGAGGCCGGCCGUGCUGUAUGGUCUGGGCGGGGUGAAGGGGAAUAUCGCGCCCGGGUACGAUGCCGAUUUUGUGGUGUGGUAUCCGGGGGGUCACCAGUUUGCCAGGGAGGACAGGGACGAGGGAGAUGUGGAUGGGCUACGGAUCCGGGCUCGCAUGAUCCAUCACGACUGUGAUUACACGCCGUAUGAAGGCAUGUGGGUUGGUAACUGGCCGAGGUAUACAGUCUUGCGAGGGCAGAUAGUCUGGAAUCGCGACCAUGGUGGAGUGGUGGGCAAGAAGGGGGACGGAAUGUUUCUGAAGAGGAAGAAGGGGAGCAAUGUUACGGGUCAGACCGGUGGGCUGCCAAGGGGCAUGAUGGACAACGAGAGAGAUCUGUGGCUGUAA